CGAUGAACUUUCUCCAGACUCGCCUAUGGGGGAGGAAGGGAAGGGAGGUGAGGGGGAGCCGCAGAGUGAGGCCCAGUCACGGCCAGAACUCCAACCAGAGCCACAGCCACAGCCCCAACCACAACCACAGCAAGAGACUCAGCCCCCCCAGCCACAUCCGCAAACUGAGCCCCAACCACAGCUGCAGCCCCAAGCCAAAGCCCACUCAGAACCUGAACCCCAGCUUUCUCCAGAACCAGAACCAGAACCAGAGCUGGAACUGGAACUGGAACCGGAACCCGAACCCGAACCGGAACCCGAACCUGAGCCAGAGCCCGAAGCCGAGCCCCUGAGUGAGGCUCCACCCCAGGACCCCCCUAGAGCCCCUUCACCCCGCAGAGACGAGGACACGGGAGUGGAGGAAGAGGAGGAAAAGGCAGAGCAAGUUGCAGAAACUAAGAUUAAGCAAGAGGGAGAGGAGGUGCAGGGGGAGCUCCACAAGUACGAGGCAGCGCGAGAAGAAGAAGAGGAGGACGAGGAGAGCGGAGGAGCUAAAGGAGGCGGUGCAGGGAGGAGGGCCAGUCUGCACCACACGGCCUCGCCUUUGAGGGUGCAGCGCAAUGGGGCCGGCUCGCACUCCGCCACCUCUGACUAUGAGCUCUCGCUUGACCUCAAAAAUAAGCAGAUCGAAAUGUUAGAGCAUAAGUACGGCGGCCAUCUCAUCUCCCGCCGUGCUGCCUGUAAGAUCCAGACUGCCUUCCGCCAGUACCAGCUCAGCAAAAACUUCGAGAAAAUCCGCAAUUCCCUCCUGGAGAGUCGACUACCUCGACGCAUCUCCAUGCGCAAGGUCCGCGUGCAAAAUACGGAGGGUUUCUCUGCUGAACGGGCCCUGGCAGAAGGCUGUAACUUGGCAGGCAUCCCACUGGUGCGCUCACCAUCUCUUCCUGCCACAGUUGGUGGCACCCUGACUGACCUGGAAGACUCGUUCACCGAACAGGUCCAGUCACUUGCAAAGUCCAUAGAUGAUGCGCUCAGCAACUGGAGCCUGAAAACCAUGUGUUCACUGCAAGAAAGUGGCACUUAUCAGUUCAGUGCUGACUCGUUUAGUGCAGCAGCCGCUACAGGAGUUGGAGUAAGUGGAGAAGGAGGUGUUGUGGGAGAGCCAACCGUCUUGCAAGGUGCGGUGGACCCAAGUGACCUGUCGAGAAGUGCGAGCAAGCUGAUGAUGGCUUUUCGAGAUGUGACUGUCCAGAUUGACAGCCAGAACUUCAGAGUUUCCUCUUCAGUUAUGGAAUCAUCCACUUCAGUUACUCUUGGCAGCUGCAUCCAACAGGACGGAGCUUCCACCACGGUCACGAGCACUCCCGCAACAACCAACUCCACACCAGCUGCUGUCCUACUUACUUCAUCACAACAAGAUGAGCGUAUUUCUCAAGAGAACCUACGUGAGCUCAUGGAUCUCCCACCGCCACCGCAAGAACCCCCACCCCCGCCAGAAUCGGAUACAGAAGGAGGAGACCAGGAUGAGGAAUUCCCUGAUCCACCUCCACCAGAGGAAGAUCUGGGGGACGAGGAACAACCUCCCCUGACGCCACUGGACAAGAUGGCUGCCCCUCAAAGCCCUGAGGAGGUGGUGAUGGUGACCCUCCCACCACAUCCUCCAGCCGGACCUCCUCUUGCUCCCCCACCACCGGAGACCGUGCCGUUAGGGAGCGCUCCUUUGGCCGAGCCUCUAGACGCUAAGAGAUGUGGCUCUGAGACAGCAGACAACAGCUCAGAGCAGAUGAGCAGCAGCAGCACGUCGACGGAGGCUCGCUCAACAUCCGAAGCCUCAUCCAAGGAGGCGCUGCAGGCCAUGAUCCUCAGCCUGCCACGCUACCACUGCGAGAACCCCGCCAGCUGCAAGUCCCCUACUCUGUCUACAGAUGUCAUGCGAAAACGUCUAUACCGCAUCGGCCUCAACCUCUUCAAUGUAAACCCUGAUAAGGGCCUCCAGUUCCUGAUCUCACGGGGCUUUAUCCCGGACACACCCAUUGGCGUAGCCCACUUCCUACUCCAGAGAAAGGGCCUGAGCCGACAGAUGAUUGGAGAAUUUCUCGGGAACAGCAAAAAGCCCUUCAACAGAGAUGUUUUAGACUGCGUGGUGGAUGAGAUGGACUUCUCAGGCAUGGAGCUGGACGAAGCUCUCCGGAAGUUUCAGGCCCACAUACGCGUCCAGGGAGAAGCCCAGAAGGUCGAACGUCUCAUCGAGGCCUUCAGCCAGCGCUACUGCAUGUGUAACCCUGACGUGGUGCAGCAAUUUCACAACCCAGACACCAUCUUUAUCCUGGCCUUCGCCAUCAUUCUGCUCAACACGGACAUGUACAGCCCCAACAUCAAACCCGACCGCAAGAUGCUGUUGGAGGACUUCAUACGGAAUCUACGAGGUGUGGACGAUGGAGCAGACAUCCCCAGAGACAUGGUGGUGGGAAUCUACGAAAGAAUACAACUGAGAGAGCUGCGCUCCAACGAAGACCACGUCACCUACGUCUCCAAGGUGGAGCAGUCCAUCGUAGGCAUGAAAACAGUUCUGUCCGUCCCUCACAGAAGAUUGGUGUGCUGUAGUCGGCUUUUUGAGGUGACAGAUGUCAACAAAGCCCAAAAACAGGCAGCACAUCAGAGAGAAGUCUUCCUCUUCAAUGAUCUUAUUGUGAUCUUGAAGCUUUGUCCAAAGAAGAAGAGCUCUGCAGCCUACACAUUCUGCAAAGCCAUGGGCUUACUUGGCAUGCAAUUUCAACUUUUUGAAAAUGAGUACUACCCCCAUGGGAUCACCAUCCUGUCCCCGUAUGGUUCCGACAAGAAGCAGGUACUCCACUUCUGUGCCCAGAGUGCUGAGGAACUGCUCAAGUUCGUAGAGGACCUGAAGGAAUCAAUCGCAGAGGUGUCAGAGAUGGAGCAGAUACGGGAGUUGGAGAAGCAGCAAGGUGCCAAGACACACUCGGUAAAGAGCAACGGCACACAACUAGAGUUGCGCAGCAAACAGGGAUCCCCAUCAGGAAUCCAGGAGCUUGAGGACAGAAGCGGACACAAUGCAGUUGAGGUGUCAAUUCACAACAGGCUUCAGACGUACCGGCUCAGCAGCAGCAGCAGCAGCAGCAGCACGGCGCGGAGCCCCGAGAGCGCGGCCCCUCUUAACAGCAGGGGGCAGCCGCUUUUCCUGCAGGGGCUCCAGGGGCCGGCGGUGGCCCCCCCGCACCCGCAGCUGCACUCGGCGGCCAGCACCCCGGCCCACCAUCUCCCCCUCCAACAUCAGCACCAGGCCGCCGUCAGCAUGACGGACCUGCGGCCCGAGACCCUCAUCCAGUGCCAGCAGAUAGUCAAAGUCAUCAUGCUGGACAACAGCAGCAGCCACGGACGUGUGGAGGCCUUUCUCAGCCAGACGCCCACCCACCACCAUUACCAGCAUCACCACCACCAGUACAGCCAGUCCGCCAUGUCCACUCCCGUCCACUCGGCCGAUGGCUCCCACGGCAGCGACGGCCACCAGCCCCCGCUGCCCCCUCCACCUCCACCUUACAACCACCCACACCAGUAUAUCCCACCAGACCCCCGCCUGUGUCUACACCGAACCCCGAGUGGCUCUCGGAGCAUGGUG